AUGGCCUCCAGUGUCGAGAUAGCGACCACGCCGUCGGCGGACACCCCGCACACAUGCCUGUUCCUACGCAACGAGAGGACCCAGUAUCUCUUCGGCCGCCCCGGCGAGGGCACCCAGCGCGCAUUCACGAGCCGCAAACUCCCCGUCAACGGAACGAGCAACAUCUUCCUCUCGGGCCAUGUGAACUGGGACCAGAAUGGCGGUCUCGUCGGCUACCUGCUGACCGCGGCAAACUCUGCCAUGGCCGCGCUUGACGCCGAGCUGGAGAACAACGAGCGCCUGAUAAAGAAGGGCAAGAGCCCCAAGCCUUUGCAGUCCCAAGCCGUAUUCAAAGUCCAUGCCGCCGACAACAUCAGCCACAUCCUCGCCGCCAGCCGCCGGUUCAUCUUCCGACAGCCUUUGCUGCUCAAAGUCCACGAGUACCGUCAGAACGCACGGGAUAUCGACCCCGCGAACAUCGACCCCGACUACCAGGAUGACUAUAUAAAGGUCUGGAAUGUCCCCUCGGAUGGGGUACAGGCUACUAGCCCUCUUAAACGCUCCCGUGAAAGCUCUACCGAGCCUGGGGUCCAGGAAGGAUCAUCGUCGCCAAUUCUCAAGCCGGGCCGUGUCCCUUCCGAUCCUGCCUUUGCGCAAUUCGUCACCGAGAAUUUUGUAUUCAAUGGAGUCCUGGAGAACAGUCUAUGUCUACUACAGACAACGAGGGGCGAAUUGGGCCCAGACGACGUUGCAUUUGUGAGGCACGAAUCCUCCUUCUCAAGAUAUGUCCCCUCAGACACCGACAGUCAGGAUAUGACAGUCUGGGUAUACCCAACUACAAAGGCAUGGAAGGAGAAGGAGAAAGAAGGAAAGCUGCCUACUCAAUACCUAGAGUACGUGGCGCUCCCCAAGACAAGCUACUCGCAGACCUCGAUGAGCUAUAUUGUGAAGACCAUGGACCGCAGAGGAAAAUUCAACGUCGCUGCCGCCAAUUCACACGGAGUUGAGAAGGUGGACUACAAGCGUCUGAUUGCAGGCGAGUCGGUCCAGGGCAAAGAUGGGCAGACGGUCACCCCCGAGAUGGUCUUGGGUGAUACGAUGCCUGGCAAGGGCUUCAUCGUCGCGGACAUUCCUGGCCGCGAAUUCGUGGACUCCUUCUUCCGGCGCCCCGAGUGGAAGGAUACACGCUUGAUGGAGAACAUCUUCCAGAUCUACUGGAUCCUUGGCUCAGGUCUGUCGACGGAUCCCCAAGUUCUUAAAUUCAUCGAAGACCACCCCGAGUUCCGCCACAUCGUCUCCUCUCCCGAAACUUGCCCCAACAUGAUAACGCAUCCCGGUUCUGCGGAGCUGCAAAUGAAGCUGCACAGAAUCGACCCCGACAGGUUCAGUAUCCUAGACUACAACAACAGGACGCAGGCCACGGCGCCCUCUAGCUCCACCGUUACAUAUGGAAGAACAGGCCACAAUGUCCAGCUCAUGCCCAAGUUGACCGUCAACGAGAAGAACAUCAGCCCCUUUGUCGAUCUUGCCGGAGCGUCCGGGGAAGUCAGUGCCGCCGUCCUCCAGCUCGCCGAGGAGGGAAGGGCCAAAGCUUCGGACCCUACCUUCCUCGCACAGGUGGAGGAGUCGGAAAAGGACAUUCCUAGCAGAGACACGGAGAUCAUCUGCCUGGGCACCGGAUCCUCCUGCCCGAGCAAGUACCGAAACGUCUGUGGGACUCUCAUCCGCGUCCCCGGCAUCGGAAGCUACCUGCUCGAUGCCGGAGAGGGCACCAACGGACAGAUCCGCCGUCUGUUCGGAGACGAGGGGGCCCGUGAGAUCAUGCGGGAUCUGAAGUGCAUCGUCAUCAGCCAUCUCCACGCCGACCACCACCUGGGCGCCGUCACAGUCAUCAAGGAGUGGUACAACCAGGCCGUAAGGGACGGCAACAAGGCCAACCUGGCCAUGAUCUGCAACAAUCUCUUUCGCAGCUUCCUGGAGGAGGUCUCGCUGGUGGAGGACUUCGGCCUGCAUCGACUCUUCUUCCCCAGCUGCACCGCUAACCCCGGUGCCCCUGACCGGCCGCUCGCAACCGAGGAGCACUUCCAGGGCAACGACUGCGGCCUGAAGGCAGUCAAGCGCAUCCCCGUCAACCACUGCAGGAGGUCCAUGGCCACGGAGCUCGAGUUCUCCUCGGGCCUCCGCAUCGCCUGGUCCGGCGACUGCCGCCCCUCCUCAGACUUCGCCCAGGCCUGCAGGGGCACGCACCUCCUCAUCCACGAGUGCACCUUCGACGACGACAUGAAGUCCCACGCCUCGGCGAAGAAGCACUCCUCCCUCUCCGAGGCCCUGGGCGUGGCCAAGCAGAUGGAGGCCCGCCGCGUCCUCCUCACCCACUUCUCCCAGCGCUACGUCAAGGCCAAGUCCGUCUCGGGCAGGUUGGAAGCCGGGUCGGAGGAGCAGGCCGUGCUGAUGGGUCACGACUUCAUGCGCGUGAGGCUGGGGGACUUCCAGAAGGCGGCCUGCUACAUGCCUGCCAUCGACAGGCUGAUGGAGGAUCUGGCCUCUUGA